AUGGCUCAAGUAUAUGCGCAGCAAGCCAAAACUGCUGGUGCAUCACCAGAUGGUCAAAUAUCGAUGGACAGUGCAAGGUUUGAACAACCAAACCUAGCUGAAAAUUUCACUUUGAAAGAAGCGAAAAUUAAUGAUGAAUCGGAAGUUUCGGAUGAGGAACCUGGUGAUGAUCUGCCAUAUAGACAUGUAAAUAAUACGGUACCGUUUAUCUACGGUGCAUUUUUAUUAUCAAUACGGUUUAAAGAUCUAGGUUAA